UCUAGGCUUCCUACUUGGAUGCUAGCGUCUUCUCGGGCUCUUGCCUUGUUUACGUCUGUCAUCUGUGCGUCGUAAUGGGCGGACUUCUUAGCCUUUUCUCUGUUGGGUCGUUGGCCUGCUGUUGCGGAUCUGCAGCAUGCAGUCUCUGUUGCGCUGCAUGUCCAACAUGCCGCAAUUCCACGUCCGCAAGGAUCAUGUACGCGGUCAUGUUACUGCUGACAACGAUCGUUGCCUGCAUUAUGCUAAGUCCCAAUAUAGAAGCCAUGCUAGAAAAGAUACCUCGACUGUGUGAAAGCACGGACACUUGCAAAAAUGCAGUCGGUUACCUGGCUGUGUACAGACUGCUGUUUGCUCUGACACUCUUUUUCUUGGCAUUCUCCAUGAUGAUGGUUGGCGUCAAAUCAUCCAAAGAUCCCAGAAGCGGGAUACAAAACGGGUUUUGGGCAUUGAAGUUCCUGGUACUUAUUGGUGCCAUGAUUGGAGCAUUUUUCAUACCAGAUGGAAAUACUUUUGGACAAGUGUGGAUGUACUUUGGAAUGGUGGGAGGAUUCUUGUUCAUCCUCAUCCAACUAAUCCUGAUCAUCGACUUUGCGCACAGCUGGGCCAACAGCUGGGUAGCGAAAGUGGAAGAAAGCGGUUCGAAAGGAUGGUACUGCGCUCUUCUGACAUUCACGAUUCUUCAUUUUGCCCUUGCAAUUGCCGGUGUCGUUCUGUUCUACAUCUUCUAUGCAGGGGGUGAGAGCUGUGCAUUGCAGAAGUUCUUCAUCAGCUUUAACCUGAUUUUGUGCGUAAUACUUUCGGUCGUAUCUAUCCUGCCAAAGGUACAAGACGCACAACCAAGUUCUGGUCUGCUGCAGGCUUCGGCAGUGAGUCUCUACAUCAUGUACUUGACCUGGUCUGCCAUGAACAAUUCCACGAACAAGGAGUGCAAGCCAGACUUGGGCUUGAGCCAGGGUGGUAACAAGUUUGAUACGCAGAGCAUUGUGGGACUGGUUGUGUGGUUUGUGUGCGUCCUCUAUUCCAGCAUCCGCACUUCGUCCAACUCUCAGGUCGGAAAGUUGACCAUGUCUGAGAAAAUUCUCGUCAAGGACACUGGAGACAAGUCGGCUCGACUGGUUGAAAACGAAGACGUAGGCAGUGAUGCGGGCAGCCCCGAAGCCAAGGUGUGGGACAACGAAGAGGAAGGGGUGGCAUACAGUUGGUCGUUUUUCCACUUCAUGUUUGCUCUGGCUUCUCUCUAUGUCAUGAUGACACUCACAAACUGGUUCCAGCCAAGUGAUGACCCAAAGAACUUGAUAGAGAACAAUGCAUCCAUGUGGAUCAAGAUCAUCUCGAGUUGGAUUUGUGCAGCCCUCUACACCUGGACCCUGGUUGCACCAAUCUGCCUGCCAGACAGAGACUUCAGCUAAACGCUGCAGCAAAAGCAGGAAUUCUUGCCAGCUCGAACACAAUUCAUGUACAGAUUCUAAACUACUCGUAGAGCUUUUCUUAGGGAUUUUUUUUUUUAGCUAUUAUGUGUGACAGUGAUUUUGCAGGAUGCAUGAUCCCCUAUUUAUUUAUGAAAACAUGCCUUCAGCCAUGAUGUGAUUGUUCACAAUGUUUUUAAUUGUGCUCAUUUGUUGAAUAGCUUGAAUCGUAAGAUGUACAGUAUUAUUGUGAAAAUAAACCCUGUAAAUGACA